AUGAAGCUCCUCAUCAAAUCUUUGGCAGGGGGUAACUUCCACCUCGAUGCCGAGCUCACCGAUACCAUUGGCACCAUCAAGUCCAAGAUUCAGAAGGAGCAGGGUCAUGCUCCUGAGUUGCAAAAGAUCAUCUUCUCCGGCAAGAUCUUGACCGACGACAAGACGGUCGCAGACUGCAAUAUCAAGGAGAAGGACUUCCUCGUCGUCAUGGUGUCCAAGCCCAAGGCGCCUAAGCCUGCUGCUUCUGCUUCUGCUUCUGCUGCUGCUGUCGCUGCCGCCGCUCCUACUUCUACACCUGCUACUACUGCAGCUGACAAGCCUGCCGAGCAAUCGCCAAAGACCGACACGGCUUCCGCUGGUGCUACAGAACCAGCCGCGGCGCCGUCUACAGCCGAUGCAUCCAGCGACACCACGAUGACAGAGUCCACUCCAGCAGCCACCACCGCCACUGAAUCGCAAUCGAGUUCCGGCACUUCUGGCAGCUUCCUCACGGGCGGUCCCCUCGAAUCGGCUAUGCAAAGCAUAAUGGAGAUGGGCUUUGAACGUGAGCAGGUGCAAGGCGCCAUGCGGGCCGCCUUCAACAACCCGGACCGCGCCGUCGAGUACCUCAUGACCGGCAUCCCAGAGCACCUCGCCAACCCACCAGCCGCCGCCGCUCAACAGCCAUCUGCUGCGGAUGCCGGUGCAGGCCAACAGACACCCUCUGCGGCUGCAGGUGGAGCCCCCGCUACGCCCGCCGCGCCCUCCGCCGGCGCUGGUGCCCGUGUUCCUGCCACGCCCGCAACGCCAAGUCCCGCUGGACGUGUCGGCAACCUGUUUGAAGCUGCUGCGGCCGCACAGCAGGCUGGACGCGGGGCGGGAGCCGGUGGUGCCGGGCAUGGCGCUGGCGCUGGAGCAGGUGCAGGGGCCGGUGCAGGCGGUGCAGGCGCAGGCGGUCUGCUCGGCGAAGACGACGGCAGCGGCGAACAGGUCAUCGACCUCGGCAACCCUGCCAUGCUCGCCCAACUGCAACAGCUCGUCCAGCAGAACCCCGCGGCACUCCAACCGCUGGUGCAGGCCAUCGCCCAGUCCAACCCGCAACUCGCCGAGGCGAUGAACCACGACCCGCAGGGCGUGCUCUCGCUCCUCGCCGGCGGGGCUGCCGCGGGAGGCGACGAGAUGGAGCUCCCCACGCUUGCCGAGUUGAGCGACGACGACCGCGCGAGUGUCGAGCAGAUCGUCGCCAUGGGCAUCCCCGAGAGCAAGGCGAUCGAGAGCUACUUUAUGUGUGGCAAGAACGUCGAGAUGGCGGUACAGUACUACUUUGAGAACCCGCAGGAUUUCGAUGAUUGA